UUGUUUACAAGGUACCAUAGUGUCAAUUAUGAAUGUGGCUUAACGGCAGGAAGUCGACCCGAGGUCUUGUCCUUGACCUUCAACGCUACGGAUACGCCAACCAAUCGGCUGGAAGUGAUCUAUCCUAGACAGCACGCGAGAAACUUCACCGUGUGCUACGCCGCCCUGCACCACUUCAACACACCUACACACCUCAUCACGUCGCUGAUGUACAACCGGGUGCUCGGCGCCCAGCAUUUCUACGUGUACAACCACAGCGUCUCCAACACGACGGACGCCGUGCUGCGUCACUACCAGAGGCUCGGACUCCUCACCGUCAUGCCGUGGCCCCUGCCCACCCUGGAGGUUUGGUACUACGGUCAGAUUCUGGCCAUCAACGACUGCGUCUACAGGAACACGUUCGUCUCCAGAUUCGUCGUCAUUCAGGACACGGAUGAGUACAUCGUGCCGAACCGUCACGGCUCUUGGCUGGAGCUCAUCAACGCUGUAGACGCUGGCCGAGCCAAAGGCAAAGUCCCACCUUUGGGUUCCUACAUCUUUGAGUCCAGCCUGCACUGCAACAAUCCCAGGCCUUGGGAGUGGGAGAAGGUAAAGAAAGACUUCUCCAUUUCGCCGGAGGAUGAGAAGUUUAUAAGGAGACACUCCCUGCUCCCGUUUAUUCAACUCCAUAGGAUGGAUUACAUUUAUAAAUAUAAGUCACGGACCAAGGCCAUAGUGAGGCCUGAGCUGAUCCUGUACGCCGGGAUUCACUACACGCGCAAGCACAGGGAGAGGGCGCAGCUGACGGUGGUCAGCAAUGACCUGGCCAUUGUCCAUCACUUCAGUAAGAAGCGCAGGACCCAGGUGGUCGACACGACCACGUUAAAGUUCAAGGAUCAGGUAUUUCCUAUGGUCAAGAGAUCCAUAGAGUCGUUUGAGUUCCUCGCUGGGACAGUGACGUAAGUGUGGUGAAGUUGCCAAAGAGACGUCAUGUUUGUGUUGUUUUGUUUCUAUAGAAAAUGACGACCAGUCUGUCUUUUUUUAUCGUUUGUGAGGGGACAUAGCAUAGUUUUUAAAACAAUAUUCAGCCAUGUACCCCCUCUCUCUCUCCGCUUGUGGACAUUCUUAAAACUGUUGAAAUCACUAUUAACAAUUUCCGCGCUGGAAACUAUUUGACGCAAGAAAAAUCAGAGUACAACAUUCCAUUUAAAAGAAAAGAAAGAAUUAAAAUGAUUUUUAUGACAAUGUUAAGACCCGAACCUGUAUUUAUAAUUUUAUUUACAUUUAGGUGCUGAAUGUAAGAGAUGAUUGGAUACUACGGACAAUUUAUGUUGAUUGCGGGUACAGACUGCAUAUUGUGUAGAUGCGUUUUAAAAAGUCGAC